CAAGUCAAAUCGAAAUUUCGUUUUCCUGCUCGUGGUACACGGUCGCUUUGUUUUUUUUAACCUCUUAUGAUCGCAACAUAUAUUCAAUAUGCAGAUGAAAUGAUACUUCUUACCUGAUCUGAAUUUGACUUAUUUACUUUCGCCAGCAUUUUUUGUUCAUCGACGCUCAAAUAAGUUUUUAUGAUUGCGCAUAAGUUUUAUUUAUCCGGGGUUGAAGUUAUCAGCGAGUUCUUAAGUAACAAGAGUAAUUUAUUAUAACCUUCAACCUGUCAGUGAAAUAAAAAAAGCAAUUUCUGUAGAAGCUUCUUCUCAAAUAGGAAAUAUGACAGAAAAUAAGUCGGAUGAAAAGAAGGAAAAUGAUAUUAAAGUCACAUAUCUAGAUACUCCUGUUAAGUCGGAAAGCGACCAAAAGGAAUAUAGAGUUAUAAAAUUAGAGAAUGGCUUAACCGCUUUAUUGAUUUCUGAUUUAAAGUCCAUCCAAGAUAAUGACGCUGGGGAGAGUGUACAAGAAAAUGUUUCCGUCUGCUCCGCCGAUGAUGAAAGCAAUAUCAGCGAAGAAGAUAGCGAAAGCGACGGUACAGACGAAGACGACAGUCAAGAUGAUGCUUCGAACGACGAAGACAGCGUUGAGGCUGGUACUAAAACGCUUAAAAGGGAUAAGAAAAUGGCAGCUUGUGGCCUGUGCGUAGGUGUUGGAAGUUUCAGCGAUCCAAAAGAUAUACAAGGAUUGGCUCAUUUCCUUGAACACAUGGUAUUCAUGGGCUCCGAAAAAUUUCCACAGGAAAAUGACUUUGAUACAUUUAUAAAACAAAGAGGAGGUUUUGAUAAUGCCUGCACAGACUGCGAGCACACUACUUUCUACUUUGAAAUACAGGAAAAGCAUUUAUUACCCGCUAUGGAUCGAUUUGCUCAAUUUUUUAUAAGUCCUCUUAUGAAAAGAGAUGCAAUUACUCGAGAACGCGAGGCUGUUGAAAGUGAAUUCAAAAUGGCAUUGCCAUCGGAUUCUAAUAGAAAAGAGCAAUUGUUCGCAAGUUUUGCAAGAAAAAAUCAUCCUGCUGCAAAAUUUCCGUGGGGAAAUUUAAUUACAUUACGUGACAAUAUCGACGAGGAUAAAUUAAAUUCAGAAUUGCAUAAAUUUCGGGAAAGGCAUUAUAGUGCACAUAGAAUGACAUUAGCAGUUCAAGCAAGAUUAUCAUUAGAUGUAUUAGAACAAUAUGUUAAAGAUUGUUUUUCCAAUGUACCUGUAAAUAAUUUACCAGCAGAUGAUUUUAAUGAAUUUGUAGGAAAAAAUUCAUUCGACAGUCCAGAGUUUAACAAAUUAUACAAGAUUAAACCUAUUAAGGACAUUAGUCAGGUUGAAUUGACGUGGGUAAGUCCACCUUUACAUCAUCUGUAUAGAAGUAAAUCUCAUCAAUAUGUUUCAUGGAUUAUCGGUCACGAAGGGAAAGGCUCAUUAAUUAAUUAUCUUCGGAAGAAAAUGUGGUGCCUUGAUAUUUUCAGUGGUAAUAGCGAAGGAGGUUUUGAACAUAGCUCUAUGUAUGCCCUUUUUAGUCUAUCUUUAAUACUAACAGACGAAGGCUAUGAGCAUUUGAACGAAGUAUUAGAUGCUGUGUUUUCCUACAUAAAUUUGUUACGUUACGAAGGUCCGCAGAAGAGACUGUUUGACGAGAUUCAGCAAAUAGAAAAUAUUAAUUUCAGAUUCACCGAUGAAGAUAGUGCUGUAUAUUAUGUAGAGGCAUUGUGCGAGAAUAUGCAUUUCUAUCCCCCGGUAGAUUAUAUUACCGGUAGCGAAUUAUACUUUGAGUAUGAUCCUGAAUCUAUUAAAAGUUCCAUUGAUAUUCUACGCCCAGAUAAUGUUAACAUUAUACUGUUUGAUAAAAAGUUCAACGAAGAUGAUUUUGAUAAAGUAGAGCCUUGGUUUCAAACAAAAUAUUCGAGCAGUGAAAUACCUAAGGAAUGGGUGACACGUUGGACAGAAAUUAAACCAUUGCCUGAAUUUCAUCUUUCAAAACCAAAUUUGUAUAUUACAGAUGAUUUUAGUUUAAUUGACUUGCCAGCUGAUAUACCAAAAUAUCCAGUAAAAAUCCAUCACAAUGAUAAAAUUGAAGUUUGGUAUAGAGUAGAUCCAAAAUUUCGUCUUCCUAACUGCUACAUAUAUCUUUAUUUGAUAACCCCUUAUGCCAUUGAAUCUCCUAGAUCCUCGGCAAUGCUGAAGAUGCUCGUAUCUUUAUUAGAACAAUUAUUAAUCGAGGAUUUAUACGAUGCAAUAGUUGCUGAGUUAGAAUAUCAUAUUAGUUCAUGCAUAAAGGGUAUUAUGGUUAAAGUACACGGCUUGAAUCAAAAAUUAUUUCUUUUGCUGGAAACAAUAUUAAAGUGUAUAGCAAACUGUCAUAAAUUAGCAACAGAAAAGUUGUUUAACGUAAUGAAAAGAGAGCAGCUAAAGUCUUAUUACAAUACUUUUCUUAAACCUGCUAAGCUUGCCAAUGAUGUUCGAAUAUCGAUUUUAACCGAAGGUUUUUGGACGUCUAUCGAAAAGUAUGACGUAAUAUCUGGAGUAACUUUUGACGAGUUCAUCAGUUUUGCUAGGAAUUGUACGGAGCACAUGUACAUUCAGUGUCUCGUGCAAGGCAAUGUUAGCGAAAAAGUUGCACUAGAAAAUAUAUACAAAUGUAUCGAGCCACUGGAAUAUUAUGCAUUAACACCGAAAACUCGCCUUCGCUUGAAACUUCAUCAAAUUCCAGUUGGUGAAAAGUGCUGUCGUGUGAAAAAUUUCAAUCCUAUGGAUGUUAAUUCCAUUGUAACAAAUUAUUAUCAAUCCGAUGUCGCUUCUAUUAAACUUUAUGUUAUUAUUGAAUUGUUAAUGAUGUUCAUGGAAGAACCAAUAUUUAAUCAACUUAGAACUCAAGAGCAACUGGGUUAUGAUGUUUCUUGUUUAUUGAGAGAUACUUACGGUGUUAUUGGAUACUCGAUUACUGUUUGCACACAGGCCGACAAAUUUACAACGGAAUAUGUCGAUGAAAGAAUCGAAGCAUUCAUACGAUCAUUAACCGAUUCGUUCAAAACCAAAACCCUCGACGAUUACAACUUUAUAAAGGAAUCUCUCAUUAAAUCGAAGCAGUGCACCGAUAUAGACCUUAAAGAAGAAGUUAACAGAAAUUGGACCGAAAUAACAGAUGAAACAUAUAUUUUUGACAGAUACGAUAAAGAAAUCGCUGCUAUAAAAACAAUAACAAUUGAGCAACUUAUCGAGUGGUUGAACGAUCACAUAGUUAAUGGAAAAAGUUUUAGAAAAUUAAGUAUUCAAAUAGUUGGAACAACUAAUGAAGAUAAAAGGGACGACGAAAAAGACAAAAAUUUAGAUCCAGCGUCAAAAAAAUAUUCAUUAACAUAUUUGACAGAUGAUAAAAAACCAUCGGAAUAUUAUAUAACCGACAUUGAAGCUUAUAAGAGUAAAUUGAAUCUAUUUCCUACUAGUCACACAACUUUAUGACAAACGAAUAUCUAAUAUUAUUAAAAAUUUGUACUGAACAAAUUUUUUAAAUUA